AUGGAUCCUGACAAUGGCCACACGGGUGGCUCGUCCUCAGAUGCGGGCUCGUCUAGAGCCCCACUAGAAUAUCACAGCCUAGGCGCCCCAGUACCACCCUCGGAGCUGCAGAUGGAUCCCGCGACCUCGGAGCCCACGACCGCAACCAAGCCUCCUGCUCAACACUCUCCCAUGAAACCAGGGAAGACCGAUGCGAUAUUUGACCCACGUUCGGCCACCCUCAUUGGCCACUCAACACGGGCGUCAAGCCGCGCGCCGCGGAGAUUCAGUGGAAGCACAGCGGCGAGCACCGCCGCAAGCUCCAUUAGCGAGAGGGACCCUAGUGCCUCCAAGGCCUGGCGGAUUGGUGUCUGUGCAUUGGAUAUCAAGGCCCGAAGCAAGCCCAGCCAGAACAUUCUCACGCGGCUCCAAUCUAAGGGGGACUUUGAAGUGAUUGUCUUCGGUGACAAGGUGAUCCUCGACGAAGCCGUCGAGAAUUGGCCCGUUUGCGAUUUCUUGAUCGCCUUCUUUUCAGAUGGAUUCCCGCUGGACAAAGCCAUCGCAUAUUCCAAACUUCGAAAGCCUUUCUGCGUCAAUGACCUACCCAUGCAGAAGGUAUUAUGGGACCGGCGCCUGUGUCUGCGGAUCCUGGAUCAGAUGGGGGUCCCAACCCCCAAACGAAUGGAGGUAAAUCGCGAUGGGGGCCCAAUUCUUGAGUCUGCAGAGGUCGCUCAGCACAUACAUCGGCUCACCGGAGUCAAGCUGGAGGGUCCAGAAGAUGGAACAGGUGGUGGUGCACCCAGAACCCAAGAGGUCUCGAUGUCGGAAGAUGGGGAGGCGCUGGUGGUGGACGGCAAAGUCUUCCGAAAGCCGUUUGUUGAAAAGCCCGUCAAUGGGGAAGACCAUAAUAUUCAUAUCUACUUCCCGAAUGAUCAACAAUACGGAGGUGGAGGUCGCAAACUUUUUCGCAAAGUCGGCAAUAAAAGCUCAGAAUAUGACCCCAGCCUUUCCGUGCCACGAUCAGUCACAGAGAAAGAAACAAGUUAUCUCUACGAACAGUUUCUACGGGUGGACAAUGCUGAGGAUGUCAAAGCCUACACCGUGGGUCCGGACUUUUGCCACGCGGAAACUCGCAAAUCUCCUGUGGUUGAUGGACUCGUUCGGCGGAAUACUCACGGAAAGGAACUUCGAUAUAUCACGAAGUUGAGCAAAGAGGAGGCCGCUAUUGCCUCCAAAAUCUCGAACGGGUUCGGCCAAAGAAUCUGCGGCUUUGACAUGCUUCGCGUGGGUGACAAAAGCUAUGUGAUUGAUGUCAAUGGUUGGAGCUUUGUGAAAGACAACAACGAUUACUAUGACAAAUGCGCCAAUAUUCUGCGGGAUACAUUUCUGGCCGAGCGUCGCAGAUAUGAAGGAGCCCUGGAGCCAUCGGAGCCGCCAUCCCCGGAAAUGGGCCCCACACGCCGGAGCACCGCUGGGUCUCAUCGUCAAGCUCUAAAGACGCUGCUCAAAUCUCCAAGCACAUCAAGACUAUAUGGGAGCCAGAGUGGACAUAAAAAUCAUGAAACAGCACCGUCAGAUGUCUCCUCCACCGUCGCCCCCUCGCUCGCGUCAUCGUCUGGGCUGGAGAGUGCGGAUCCAGGUGUCAACUUAAGUAAGCUCAAUUCCUCAGAAGGUCACUCUGAGCCUCGAGGGUAUAGUCCCUCCAAUACAAAAUCCCCGGCAGUUUCUCUGCACCACUCUGGGGAUGGCGCUCUGCCUCCACUCCCUGCUUCGAAACACUCGUGGAAGCUGAAGGGAAUGGUGGCAGUCAUUCGACAUGCCGAUCGAACCCCAAAGCAGAAAUUCAAGUUUACUUUCCACAGCCAGCCAUUUGUUGAUCUUCUGAAGGGACAUCAAGAGGAGGUUGUGAUCAAAGGCGAGGCAGCCUUGUCUAGCGUCUCCGAGGCCGUGAAAGUAGCUAUGGCACAAGGACUCGAGGACAUGGAGAAGCUGAAGCUGCUUCGUACAUCUUUGGAAAAGAAGGGUGGUUGGCCAGGAACUAAAGUACAGAUCAAGCCCAUGUUUAGAAAACGGAGACCGGAGGAAAUGCGACAAUCAGUCUCAUCCACAACCCAGGCUGCACUGCCGGGGGAGAUUGUCCCCGAAGAACCCCUCUCGCCGGUGGCUAACGAGGCUGCCGCUGAAAGCGAGGCUCUGCGUCAUUCUCAGAGCCGCAGUGACUCUAUCUCUGGUGCCACCUUCUCUCGUUUCUCUGCUGUGGAAAACGACCUGAUUCUAGAUAAACUUCAGCUUGUGAUCAAAUGGGGAGGAGAACCUACACAUGCCGCACGUUAUCAAUCGCAGGACCUUGGGUUGAAUAUGCGAGAUGACCUAAAGCUGAUGAAUAAGGAAGCGCUCAAUAAUGUUCGCCUUUUCACAAGCUCAGAGCGGAGAGUGAGCACAAGUGCCCAGAUUUGGGCGUGUUCAUUUCUUGACCAAAAAGAGAUACCGGGAGACCUCAUUCAAGUCCGAAAGGAUCUACUUGACGACUCUAAUGCUGCGAAAGACGUGAUGGAUAAAGUCAAGAAGAAGCUCAAACUCUUGUUACGUGAAGGGUCAGCACCGUCACAAUUUGCAUGGCCGAAAGACAGUAAUAUACCGGAACCGUCUGUUGUUCUUGCGACUGUGGUUGAACUGAUGCAGUUUCACCGGAGUGUCAUGCGUCACAAUUUUGAGAAGCUUGAAAGUUCUUCGAAUGGUUCAUCACCGUCUCCCAAAAGUUCUGAAGGGUCAGGCCUGUCGAAUAAGGCUGAUUCAGUGUCUGAGCAACCAGACAUUUCCAGUGUCCAAGGUCGUUGGUGCGCUGGAGAGGACCCGCGGCUAUUCAAGGAGCGAUGGGAGAAGCUUUUUGCCGAGUUUUGUGACACGGAAAAGGUUGACCCAAGCAAGCUGUCCGAACUUUAUGAUAGCAUGAAGUUUGAUGCUCUUCAUAAUCGCCAGUUCUUGGAAUGGGUCUUCAUGCCCCCGGAUAGCGAUCGUGACGAGGAUGAAAAGAACAGCAUUAAAUGCAAAAGCCCAGCGAAGUCUGAUUCGAAUUCGGACAGCAAGACUGGCUUGGAAGCCCCGGGUGAUGAGCGCUCAGAUGGCCAUACUUUUGCCCAUCGGCUCGGAUUAAAAAAGCGUUUUCCCGCACUGGAGUCACUGCCACAUCUUCGAGCGCUCGAUGAUUCCUAUGAUCAUUAUUUCAAGCUUUUUCCAGGGUCUAAUUCUAGCAAGUGUAAGAUGGAUGAGCGACUUUCUAAAUUGCGAGAGCUGUACAAGCUGGCAAAAGUCCUGUUUGAUUACGUGACACCCCAGGAAUACGGCAUCACUGAUAGCGAGAAGCUUGAAAUUGGCCUUCUCACCUCCCUCCCACUGCUACAGGAAAUCGUGCGCGACCUGGAGGAGGUCCAGGCAUCUUCAGAUGCCAAAUCGUUCUUCUAUUUUACCAAGGAAUCUCACAUCUACACUCUGUUGAACUGUAUCCUUGAGGGUGGCAUUCAAACCAAGAUUGCUCGCAGUGCAAUCCCGGAACUUGACUACCUGUCUCAGAUUUGCUUCGAACUCUAUGAAGCCCGGGAUAGUGAGUCUGAGGUCAAUUCUUACUCAAUUCGAAUUUCCAUCAGCCCCGGCUGCCACGCCUUUGAUCCUCUUGACGUACAAUUGGAUUCCCGUCACGCGAUCGGUUGUGCCCCUCGGCGCAGCCUGACGGCCCAUCAGGACUGGAAAGAAGUGAUCGAAACCCUGAAGGCCAAAUUUGAUACUGUGGAACUCCCUAAAUCCUUCAUCGCGGUGAAUUUGAGCGACAAGCAUGUAGCCUCCCCCUCCGAAGAACCCGAUUCCCAGUGA